AUGUAUGAUGAGCUGCUUUGGAUUCCAGGGGCAUUCCGGCAUCCACGCAAUGGCAAACAGGCCUAUCGCUCUACGAGGGCGUACAUAUCGAAGCCGUUAGCUGUGCACAGUGGCCGCAAAAAUUGGAAUGUGCCCAAGGCAUGUGCCGUUUUUGAAUUUACACCAACGCAGUCCGCCAACUUCCCAUACAGUCGAAUCACAGUGUCACCCUAUCGCGGUGGCGAGCCAUUCCUUGACCUCACAUUUCAAUCGACUUUCUUCACCAGACCGUUUGUGACUCUCAACAGUCGGUACUUUCCGCUGAGCUUAGACUUCGACUUUCCCCCCUCCCCGACGAUCCAAACAAUUCCAGUGAAGGCUUGGUAG